CAUCCCUGUUAUUAUUGUGGUAAUUUAGACAACAGGAUGACCAGAGGAAAACGUGAACAGACAGUUCAACUGUAACCGAAAGGCAAGCAGACAGACCUGAACCAAGUCAAGUUCACCAGUUCUACAUCUACAUCCAGGAAAAAUAGCACAGGCAUGACUGAGCGAACAAAUUUCACUAAGUCUUCAUGUGGUACAGACGAUAACUACACAGACGAGUGUAAUAUCCAGCUGUCCGAUCCUUCCACCAGUGUUGGAGGUAUAUGUGGAACUGGCCCAAGAAUCGCCAAUGGACUGCAUCAGCCUAAGAAAACAGGACAGGCCCGCUACAUCGGUCUGGAAUAUGGUGUUGAGGAUCUUCCUGGGUUUCAUAUGUGUUUCAUUUUUGGCCUUCAGCAAGUGCUGCUAUCUAUCAGUUCGACCAUCUCCAUCCCUCUAAUUGUUAGUGACAAAAUCUGUGCCGGAGACUUACAGGUGGUGAAAUCCGAGAUAAUGUCGACCUUCCUCUUCAUGUGUGGUGUGUGUACCAUACUACAGGUGGUCGUAGGGGUCAGACUCCCUAUCAUCCAGGGCGGAUGUCACAAGUUUAUUCCCGCCAUCACCGCCCUAUUAACGAUCGAGAGAUGGAAGUGCCCUGAUCUUAACACGCACGUUACGGAUAUUUUAAGCGCGUCGAAUGCUACCCUAAACGAUACUUCUUUGGAUAGGACGGAGAUCUGGCAGUCGAGGAUACGGGAGAUACAGGGUGGAAUCAUGCUGGCAUCAGUGACACAAGUUCUGAUUGGGUGUACAGGACUGCUGGGUGUCCUACUAAAUUAUAUUGGACCAAUCACCAUUGUCCCUACUAUCACCCUGGUCGGUUUGUCGUUGAUUGACGUGGCUAUCCGUUUCUGUGAGAAACAAUGGGGGAUAUCCGCCUUAACUAUCGCACUGGUCUUCCUCUUCUCCCUGUACCUACGUAAUAUUGUCGUUCCGACGCCAUCGUGGAACAGACGGAAGGGGUAUCACGUGAUUAAAUUUCCAUACUUUAAGUUACUUCCGGUCUUACUUGCCGUAGGUUUGUCGUGGAGUUUGUGUGCCAUCUUAACAGGAAGUGACGUAUUAUCCUCAAACAGUUCACUUCCGGAAUACUGGGCGAGAACUGACGCGAGAACUGAAGUGCUGUAUUCUACAGAGUGGCUGUUUUUUCCAUACCCAUGUCAGUGGGGAUUACCGACCGUCAGUGUCGCUAGCUUCAUGGCCAUGUUGGCAGCUACUGUCACUUCGAUCAUCGAAUCAGUGGGAGACUACUACGCAUGCGCCAGAGUGUCAGGGGUCACUCCUCCUCCAGCACAUGCCAUCAACCGUGGUAUUGCUAUAGAAGGGUUCGGUAGCAUCCUUUCUGGAUUGGUUGGAUCUGGGGGAGCCACGACAUCCUACAGUCAAAAUGUUGGAGCUAUCGGCUUCACAAAGGUAGCCAGUCGAGGGGCUUUUGUUGCCGCAGGGAUCAUUUUCCUCCUAAGUGGUGUGUUCGGAAAAUUUGGCGCGAUCCUGGUCAUGCUCCCUGACCCAGUUUUAGGUGGCAUUGUCGUCAUCAGUUUUGGUAUGGUGACGUCAGUCGGAUUGUCGAACUUACAGUUUGUGGACUUGUCAUCUGGACGUAAUCUGUGUAUUAUUGGGUCAUCCCUUCUGAUCGGGCUUAUGGCGCCGAAAUACCUGAAUGACAAUCCAGGUGUUAUAAACACAGGAGUAAACGAGCUGGAUCAGGCAAUAUCUGUACUGUUGAGUACAGCCAUGUUUGUAGGCGGCAUGCUCGCGUUCGUCCUUGACAAUACAGUCCCAGGGACGGACGAAGAGAGGGGAAUACUUGUCUGGCGAAGUCAACUUUUGUCCGCAUCUGUAGAUGGAAAUGACGUAACAGAGGAAACGACAGCCAGUUCACUUGCUAUCUACGACCUGCCACUAAUAACACCUAUCUUACGUAGACACAAAUGGUGUAGAUUCGUACCGUUUUUGCCUACAUUUGAUUACGAUAGGUUGUCACAAAGCAAGUGCUGUAAGAAUAAUGAAGUUGAGGCGUCCUCAGAUCAACGACAUUCAUUGAAGUCACAUGAAAAUGAGACCAAUUACAGCUGAGGUAUCAUGCACUGUGAUAAUCAUAGACAUUCCUAUCAAUUUAAUAGUAAUCAUUUACUUUUUUUAUCAACAAUUAUGAAUUUGUGAUGUAGAUAUCUAUACUGAUGAUUGGACAAGGCCACGCUCAUACUCGUCAUGUUUUUGACAAUGGUGAGUAAGAUGCCACAGACGUCAUGUUUUUGACAAUGGUGAGUAAGAUGCCACAGACGUCAUGUUUUUGACAGUGCUGAGUAAGAUGCCACAGACGAUUUUUUCAGAAAAUCUACGUUUGUUGGCGCAUCAAUGCACUUGAACGAUAUUCAAGAAAUCAAAACUGUAUAUCGAUACAAUUUUAUAAAUUGUGAUAAAAACCAAGGUUUUUAUAUUGAUCUAGAAAUCAAUGGUACAAAGUGGUUUUCUUGUGUAGUUCAUGAAUAUAUGUGACGUUUUUGGUUGUGGACAGAAAAGUUUGCUUUUAACUGAUGAUACACAAACAUAAGUCUACUUCAUCAUCAUCUGUGCCCUUUACCGCAGAAAACAAUCAGCACAUCAGGUACCAAAUAACAGCGGUACAACCAGGUCGCAGAUAGCAGUUUUUCUGUUUUAACAUAGGCACCUAACCGUUUCACUAAAUUUGUAUAUCAAAGUUUAGUGCGCCUCAAAAAUCGAUUCUUCACAUUAAUAUUCAUUUCACUUAAAAAUCUUCUUGUUAUCCAAGAAAUUGAAAGAAAUAUGUUGUUUGUAUUUAUAUCAAUUAAAAGUCGAAGUUUGUUUUUCAAACAACGACAAACCUCAGGUACAUUCAGAGCCAAAAGCUCCAUACACCGAGGGAACAGACCUCCUGAUAACCAUGUUAAUGACUCCACUGUAUCCUGUGUUUCAACUGUACUUUGUGCUUUAUAAAAGAAUGGUUAUCUGUCAGAUAUUUAGCCUGCCUUCAGUAGUCCCAAGAUUUGAUCUUACCGCAAUAUCAUCUACUUUUGUUUGAUUUCUUAGUAUUUGAGUCUUCACAAGGUUAACACCACUUAUAUAGAUAGAUUGACUUUCUGACAAGGUUAACACCACUUCUAUAGAUAGAUUGACUUUCUGACAAGGUUAACACCACUUCUAUGGAUAGAUUGACUUUCUGACAAGGUUAACACCACUUCUAUAGAUAGAUUGACUUUCUGACAAGGUUAACACCACUUCUAUAGAUAGAUUGACUCUCUGACAACGUUAACACCACUUCUAUAGAUAGAAUGACUCUCUGACAAGGUUAACACCACUUCUAUAGAUAGGUUGACUUUCUGACAAGGGUAACACCACUUCUAUAGAUAGAUUGACUUUCUGACAAGGUUAACACCACUUCUAUAGAUAGAUUGACUCUCUGACAAGGUUAACACCACUUCUAUAGAUAGAUUGACUUUCUGACAAGGUUAACACCACUUCUAUAGAUAGAUUGACUUUCUGACAAGGUUUGCAUUUCUUUAACCACUACAGACGUCAGAAUAUUUCGAAUAGGAAAUAUGCAUUUUGACUUUUAUUUGUUAUUUAUUUUGGAUGAAGUACAAGCAUGAAUGGAUGUUUUUGUGGAUAUCUAUGUAAGCAAAUUUCUUUCACCAUUAAAUUAUAAUAGAGUGAUACAAGGAUAACGAGAAAGCAAAGAAUAAGAGAAAAUUGAAAAAAAAUCUCAAAACGCUAGCUUUCAAUUUCAUUUUAUUGCCGCAAAUUUCCAUAAAAACUAUAACCAUAUGAUUUUUGAUUCGUGUAUUUGGCAAUUUUACCGUUUGCAAGAUGCAAGGUUUGACAGAAAAAUGUUUGGAAAUUAUUUUUAUAAUUAAGAAGAAGGGGUCGCUUUGGUUAUUAUUAUUAUUAUUUUAAAUUUUAAAUAUGUGAUUGGUGGUGAUAAUCUAUGCAGACUUUUGUUGAAUUAUCUCCAAAACUGGAGUUAUAGCCUAGCAACGGAAACCGUAUCAUACAUCAACUACAUCGUCACAAAAUUAAUUCCAACGGAAAAAAACCGCAGCUCUUCACUUUGGAAAAAAGUACAACGAAGUCGCACUUUAUAGUGACAAUCUCCAUACAAUUUCCAUUUUUAUUGAUAUUUUCGUCCUCCAUAAUAUUUCUGUUAAUGUCAAAAUGAAUGUUCUAUUCAAUAAUAUUCCCACCUAGAAAUAAAGUUUCCUGUGAUAAAUGUAUUAGCAAGCUUGUGUAGAAUUCAAAUGACACAGGGUUUGUAAUGGCCAUUUUAAGGAUGCGAUUUACAAUUUCAGAAAUGAAUGAAACAAUCAGGUCAGAUAACUGUGCUGCACAGAAUAUUGGUUAUUUACAAUCGUUUAAAUGUUUACGCAGAUUAACGUGUUGUAUGUGUUAUAUGGCUUUGUAUCAU